AUGGAACUUGAGGUCAGCAAUCAACCCAAGCAAGAGCGAUCAAGGACAAGAUGGACAGCAUCCCUUGACAAGAUUUUUGCAGACUUGGUUGUUAAGCAGAUUCAACUGGGGAAUAGACCAAACAAUGUUUUUGACAAGAAAACAUGGAAUCACAUUCGUGAUGAGUUCAAUAGGAAAACAGACCUUAAUUUCAAUAAUAAUCAAUUGAGGAAGCAUUUAGAUGUUCUUCGGACCCGCUUCUACAAUUUGAAAUCCGCUUAUGAUCAAAAUAAUGAUUUUUUAAUGGAUGAUUCCUGUUGCAUUGGCUUUGAGCAGUGGGAUGAUAUAGGGGCACAGCCUAGGCACGAAACAGUCAAAGUGAAAGAUUGUCCAAUAUAUGAGCAACUAUGCACAAUAUUCAUAGAUUCAGCAGCUGAUGGGAAAUAUGCCCAAUCUAGUCAUUAUGAAGAGUUGGACAAAUCUAUUGCAACCGAUGCAGCUGGCUUUACUCCAUGUCUAGAAGCUAAGGUCUCACAUUAUGAAAACCCCUCAACAUCAAAGUCUGCUCCAGGGAAUAUCUCAACUGCUGAGAAGGUAACCAAGAAUUCUCUAGAUAGGAAACGGAAACGGUCCUACGACACACAAACUUCUAGUCUGGAUCAAGACACCUGCAAUGCAAUGGCAGAAGCCUUGUUAGAUAUGGUUGCUGUUUCAAGAUUAAGGGCAGUUGUUUCAAAUGUAAGUGAUGACAAGUUCUCAAUAACAAACUGCAUCAAGGCUCUGGAUGAGAUAGAAGGCAUUGAUCAACAGCUCUACUUUUCUGCCCUGGACCUCUUUGAGAACCCUAGCUUAAGGGAGACAUUCAUUUCCUUAAAAAGUGUCAAGAUAAGGUUGACAUGGUUACAAGGAAAGUGCAGUAAAAGUCCCUUCCAUUAG